AUGGCGAUUCUUGGCUACCAAUUGGUCUCCACCUUGAUUGGUAUCAGUCUGCUUACUAAACUCAGCGUUCAUUUUUCAUUCACCAGCGUCUUUGUAUUUGGUGGCAUAUAUCGCAGUCUUUUGCCAACGAAUAGAGAAAUCUUGGGAAGCGCUGGACUCACAAAAAUUAAGUCCAAAGGAAGACGCAGCAACGGAGCUGGUGCGGAGGGUAGUUACGAAGGUCGUAAUGAUCCCGCCACCUUUUAUUUCCCUCGCUCAACUCCUCUCAAACUCAGGAAAGCGGAAGUUCGAGGCCACGAAAUCGCCGUUCUGCCUUUCUAUACAGACCUCGUAUGGCUGGUCGAUUUCUCUCUGUGUGCGUUGCUCGUCCUCUUCGCCAACGAUUUCGUCUCUUUCUUCCGACACGUUCUACCCCCCACUUUAUCGACUAAUAAGACCACCUCAUUUUUCCUAUCAAUGCAUAGCUUUUUCACGCCCAGUACCAUCAACCUGAACCUCGUGUGGAGUCUCUUUAUUGUCUGGUUUGCGAUGGGCUCCCUUUUCUCCGUUCUUCGCGUCUAUCUUGGUCGUGGUAGUGGUAAUGAGGCGAAAGUUAAAGAGAGAGCUGUCAGUUCUUCGGAAUGGCCUCUUCUCAUGGUUACUGGGUUUUCAUCAUUCAUCGCUGCAAUGCUAUGCCUUUCCCUUGACGUUAGCUUUCUUGACUUACGGAUAUCGCCAGCCUAUGGCAAUUUGACCUUUUCGUUGUCACCAGAAGCGUCUGGUAGCUCGGCGAUGAGCUGGGGUAUGUUUCAGGCUUAUCUUGCAUUUUACGCGGCUAUGGUUGGGGUAUUAUUUGCCUUCCCCAGUCUCCAAUAUGGGCGCAUUUAUGUACAAACAUUGCGAGACCCCAAAUCCUCGUGGUUGACACGCCUUCUCUUCAAUCUCAACCUCAUCGCUCCGCAGUUAACUCUCCUCCUGUGGGUUGUGCCGCUGACGGCUCGACUCCCCGCCUUACUGCUACAGCACGCAGGAGUGGCUCUGGGCGGAGCCCAAAUGAGUACUACUUGGCUUUCCUUCGUCGUCCUCUGCGCCCGCGCUCUCUCUGAACGAAUUUGCAGCCUACGUCUUCUUUUCACUCUCUUCACCGUUAUACUUCGUGUGGCGAUGACAAAGAGACACAUGCAGGCUUUCUUGGACACUGCUCAAACGCGUCUUGAUCGUCUGAAUCGCGAGCCAGGUCGCAUUACUAAUCGUGAAGUGCAACGCAUCGUCGCCAGCGUCUUCCACUGCUUCAAUUUCGCCGCUCUCCAAUACCUUGCGCCCGCCAUGCUUCUCAUUGGUCUUGCCUUCUCCUACAAGGCCUCUACUGGCACAGGGUGGCUUCCCCUGGCUCCACAGAUCAAUGUUGCCUCUUCCCCAUCCACCUCACUAGCGUCGUUGAUAGAGACUUUCGCGGGGCAAGACUGGGAUCUGAUCUUUACAGCGUCCUGGUUCUCUGCCCUCCAACACACCCGUGAAGCCUUCGGGGAGCUAUGGGAGUCGCUGCGAUGUCAGGCGGGUUACGUCUGCCAGGGCGUGCUGGGUUUCGCUCUUUUUUGGUGCCUUGCCGCGUGGCAGGCUGUCGCAGUCACUGGUGUGGCCUAUCACCGCUUUGUAGAUUAG